GUUUUGUUGAAGAACAUUUGAAAACACCUGCAUGUGGAGACUGAGUAUAAGUCUAUUUCGUGUAAUAGUAGGUGAUUCAGCAGAUUUUUGAAGCGCAUCUAGCAGAAUUUUGCCAUUACCUUACGGUCACCCUGCCUUCGCGUUUAAUUCUUUACAAAUUUUCAAAAUGGACGGCGUCGAGAGCACCGUUGAGAACGUGGAGGUGGUCACGACGAUCGAAACGACCACCGAAAUCGAAAAUAAUAGCUGUGUAGACUACGAGGAAUAUACCGCAUUCUGCGACGCCGCAUUUCCCCAGAUUCGAAGGACAAGCAGCAAGACCAUCAGGAGGGCGAAGGGAGAAAAAAUCAUCCAAUGCCUGAGAGGGUUGCUCGACAAAAACGACAAGGCGCUGCCGAACCUCAACUACUGGGUCCGUAGCAAGGAGCUGGAGCUGCGACAGUUCCCGGAGCUCGGCCUGAAGGAUGUGCUGUGCGUGCCGAGCCAGACAGUGCAGUUUGAAAGCCUCGAUUGUGGAGAGGAUGGAGUAUUUGGAGAGUGGCGGUGUGUGGCCUAUGUUGAGGACUUCCACACCCUCCUGGUGAAAAUACACACCGAAACCCUCAACCACAGUGGGGGCUACAAAAAGCUGCUGAAAGAGAUUGGGAAGAACUACGCCUUCCUUCCCCGCAGUGCAGUGCAGAAAUUUGUCAACAUGUGCAGCACCUGGGCGAGGAUUAAAACAGAGCCCAGGGCCAGGGUGGGAAGUCCAAAGCAACUUGUAGCUUCCCCGGGGAGCAGAGGAAAGAGAAAGAAAUCCAAGGCUAACAGAGAUUACAGGUCCUACUCUUCCACCUCCAUGGCCCUUGCUUAUCGUGCUAUCAAGGAAGAAGGGGAAUCAGUCAGAGGGGCUGCUCGGAAAUUUGGCCUGCCGGAGUCGACCAUCAGAUCAAGGUUGAGCAAGAACAUGGGGCCAGAGGGUGCCCGGUCUGGGCCGGAUCCUGUACUCAGCUUAGAUGAAGAGACCCAUCUGGUCGAGCAUCUGAAAAGGAUGGUGGACUGUGGGUACGGGCUCGGUAGGACGGAGGUGCUGAAUGUGGCAAAUGCCUACGCCGUCGGCCUCAAGAAGCGGGACAAGGACCACUUGCUGUCCAAAAGGUGGUAUGGCUUGUUCAUACAGCGAUGGCCCGGUCUGAACGUCAUCACUUAUCCCGGGAGUCUGGAUACACAGAGAACCAGGGCAAGCUCUCAGGACGCCAUCUCCAACUACUACACAGAACUGCAACAGCUGAUGAGCACGCAUGACCUGAUGGAUGACCCCGAGCGCAUCUUCAUGCUCAAUGAGAAGAGUGUCAAGGUCUGUGAGGUAGAAGCUGGGUCGGACGUCCAGCUGGCCGUGACCGUCAUCGGCUGUGGAGACGCCUCAGGUUGCCAGAUUCCACCCUACUUUGUAUAUCCAGGCCACAGGAUGAGCCACCAGCUCCUGAAGGGAAGCACGCCAGGUGCCAGUGGCAAUGUCAGCGAGUCCGGUUGGUCCAGCACGGACAUCUACAAGGAUUACCUGCUGAACCACUUUGGGAAGUACGGUCAAGGAAGUGAUGCAGAGAAGCCCUGCCUGAUUCUCUACGAUGGCCACAGGGCGAGCAUCUCGCUGUCGCUGGUCAGCUGGGCAAGGCAACAUAACAUGAUACUCUUCAUUCUUCCAGCCCACAUGAGCCACACUUUGCAGCCUGGUGAUCUUGGAUGCUUCGGGCCUUUCGAGCACCUCUACAACCAUGAGUGUCACAGAUACAUGCAGGACAACAGCUGCACUGGCAUUGACAAGAACUCAGUCUGCGAACUCGUCUGCAAGACGUACACCGUGGCACUCUCAGCUAGUAAUCUCCAGGCGUCUUUUAAGAAGGCAGGGAUCUAUCCCCUGGACCCGUCGGUUAUCGACAAGACCAUCUUCCCUCCUGUCAAGGAUCUGAAAAGAUCAUCUCGUAAGCGGGCUCGGAGUUCCCUGCGCCAGGCCGGAAGCGGUGAGGAAACAUCAAGUGAAGAGGAUCAGCUGCUGGACCUCAUGGGACAAGGACAGUAUGUUGAGAUCGAAGAGGAAGGCCUCAUCCACAAGCUCAAGUCGGCAAAGAAGAGAAAAUGUCUCUGCUUCCUUGUUUCUGGAAAGGCCAUCACCGAUGAAGCCAUUCUUCAGAAGCUCCAGGACUCUGGGACCAAGAAAGGUAGACGAUCUCUGAUGAAGUUCACAUCGCAGCUGACAAAGUCAAGGAAGAAGGCAAAGAAGCAACGGCCCAAAAGCAAGUCCAAGUCAACAUCCUCGGAGCAACCUGAUGCUUCAAGUCAGCAGAAUCUCGGAGAUUCAUCGGAUGCAUCGUCCUCAGAUGAAUCGGAUGACUUAGCGGAAGCAGAUUCUGUGGUGGGCAUACUUCACAUCCUACAGUGAAUUACAAUAAGUAGGCAAUUCGGCAAGUGAUGUGUCUUAAGCAUCUGAUUAAGGAAAGUGCUUUGAUAGUGACUGUAAUACCAACUGUUCUUUGGAUCCUUUUGAAUCCCAUCCAUUUCAUAGCAUUUCUUGGCCUCCUGUUUGAUAUUGAGUUAUAAUACGUUCAAAUGUACAUACGUAGUUAAAAAAAAGUACUACUUUUUGCAUACAUGCACUUGUAUCAACAUAGGCAAAAAUCAGUAAUGUUAACCAUUUGAUGCACAAGACAAUCACUAGUGACCGCCCCCCCCCAAAAAAAAAUCAUCUGUGCCACUUAUUCAAAUAAUCUGUGCAUCGAUGGGUUAAAUGGCUAAAAUUAAUUUUGUUCAGAUGAAUACACUGUAUAAAAGUUUGUAGUAAUAUUAAUACAUGUAACACAAAUUUAAAUGUGCUCUUCGUUCAAAAUUACGAGGAAAGCUUACAAAAAUACCAGAAAUCCUGUCUUCACAUUUUGACAAAGUGAGAAUCACACUGUGGACAGGUAUGAGUGCGCCAAACCAGUCAUUCAGUUCCGGUCAUGGAGUUUGUACUUCAUUUAAUACAGGGAUUGUCAUUAUACAGUCGAACCCUGAUAAGAGCACUGUUAAUACAACAUCCUGCUUAUAACAAGCAAAAUGUUAGGCCCCAAGUCUUAGUUUUCCUUUGUUUUCCGUUACUGUUAAUAAAAGGUACCUGUUAUAACAAGGUAAUUUGUCAAGUCCCAAGGACCUUGUUAUAAAGGUGUUUGACUGUACAUGUAUACUGAAGCUCUGAACUGGCGUACGCUUGUAAAAAAAGAAUAACCGGUAAGAGCAAGACACCUAAUGUUGCUUCUCUUCUGUUGAUCUCUUUUGAGUUGUUUAGAAUUGUGAAUAAAGUGUUUUGGGGUAUUUGUUUCAAAUGAAAAGCAGUUGUGGAAGUUUUCUUCUCUUUGUGAAUCUAAG